GCCAAAUAUGUGCUUAAUUUCACUGAACUACAAGCUUAUUGAUCCAGCAUGCAAGGACGACCGAGGGACCGAGCGACCGAGACUUGGGAAUAUUUCAGAAAGCCAGGCGCACGCGACGUCAUCACUGGCAGUUUCUGUAGCUAAAUCACAUCUGAUUUUAUUAGCAACCAGCUAUUAGCAGCAGUAUUGUGUAGCGGACUAACAUAGAGAAAAUCAUGAAGGAUACAAGGUAUUCUUUCGAAGACGUGAAAAUCCAUAACAACGAGAACAGCUGUUGGGUGGUUCUCGCCAACUCCGUGUAUGACGUAACACCUUUUCUCAAUGAGCACCCAGGUGGAGCAGAUAUUCUUUUAGAGAACGCGGGAAUAGAGGUGACUGACCAGUUUUUUGAAGUGGGUCAUAGCACUAAGGCAAUAAUGUUGUUGGGGAAGUACAAAAUCGGAGAACUGAUAGACGAAGACAUGGAGAAGAGGAGGUUGCGGAGGGCGGAGAAACUAAAAAGGCAAAAAGAAGAAGAAGAAAAGAAGAACAGAAAAAUAGAAAAAAUAUUGAAAGUAAUUGAUUCAACGUAUGUACAGGUGUGUUGUGGUAUUGCACUGGGACUUACCGUUACCGUAUUAUUUCACUUGUAUUCUAAAAAGUAGCUUAUUAUAAAAAUCAAUAAUGCUGGACCUUCCAGCCUGAAACUCAGGGUUAUAUUCAUUCAUAUAAAAAGUUAUAUUAUUGUGUAAUGUUUGACAUGAUAUAUAAAUAGUUUGUGUGAUGCAUUAAAAAAUCUCAGAUUAGC